AUGGAUUAAAAUUCUAAUUAUUUUUUCAAUUCUGCUUAAAAAGAGUAAACAGAAUUUUGGAAUAGAAAUUUUCAUAUUUUAUUGAAUACUCAUGAAAAUUUUGAGAUCCAAAAUGAAAAUUGUACCAGAUUUUAUAAGAGAAGUAAGAUUCUUAAAAAAUGGAUACCUCGGCUUUAUUCUGUUCAAAGCAAUUAUAUAUUAUAUGGUGAUAGAGUAAACUUAUAUCAUAAUCAAGAAUCUCAAAGGUUUUAGGAAACUAGAUUGUGUAUAUUUAACAUCUAGUCUAGUAGAAGGACCAUAUAAAUAUCAAUUGCAGUUAAAAUACUGUGGAUUUGUUUUAGAAUUGUACACUGAUCAAAAAAAGGAUUACGACAGUUUUAAAGAAAGUUUAUAAGCUCAUUGUAUACUAACUGAUUUUCACACUUAAUAUACAUUGCUAAGACAAAUUGGGUUUGGUUCAAGUGCUUAAGUAACAAUAAUAAAUUUUAAUCUAGGUGUACAUUGCUAGGAGUAACUACAAUUAAUAACUAUAUGCCAUAAAAAGAGUUCAAAAAAAUUAUUCAGUCAAACAAAAAAAAUAUGAGCAGGAACAAGCCUUACAUAAUGAGAUUCAAAUAAUGAAAGAACUUAAUCAUCCAAAUAUCAUUUCUUUUUAUUCAGUGUUUGAGACUAAUAGUAUUUAUUCAAUCUAUCUUAAAGAACAUAUCAAUAUUGUUUUAGAAUUAAUCCAAGGAGGAGAACUACUAAAAUAAGGACAAUACAAAAGUAUUAGAGAUGCUAGAAUCGUGGCCAAAUAAUUAGCUCUAUGUUUGGAUUAUAUGCAUUAGAAAGGGAUUAUGCAUAGAGAUUUGAAGCCAUAGAACAUUUUAUGUAAAUCUAAUUCUCUUGACGUGUUAAUUGCUGAUUUUGGUUUGGCCACUUACAUUAAGACAUAAAAACAAUAGUAUUACAGAUGUGGAACCACUGGGUACGUAGCUCCCGAAGUAUUGAUGUACAAAGAAGGUUCUAAGAUGUACAAUGAGAAGUGCGAUAUCUUUAGUCUUGGAGUUAUCUUCUAUCAAUUGUAUCUAUUUACAAUUUAAAAGGAUUUUCAACACUCAUCCCUUCAAAGAUAGCACCAAAGCUGGAAUGUUGAAGAGGAAUUUAGCUGCUGACUAUAAAUUGGAUGAGCAAACAAAAGUUCCUUAAAGUUGUAAGGAUCUUAUUGCAUCAAUGUUGAGAUUGAAUCCCAAGCAAAGACCUUCUGCAUCUUAAAUAUUGAGACAUGAUUUCUUUAAUGAACCAUUAAAUGAGUAGUCUUAUCCAAGUUUGAUUGGAUCAGUUCAAGAGUAAUUCAAAUUGUUAUUCUUAGUAUAAGCGAUCAAAAGAAAUCAGGCCAGUCUUUCAAUUCUUAAGUAGGGGAGUUGAAAUUAUCGACCUUCCAAAAGCAUGGGCAAGUGUCGAUCUUCGAAAAAAUGCCAUUAAAUAUUAAAUCAGCAAAUCAGAGUAUGGAAUUCAAGGAACUCUCGCCUUUGUGGAAUAAAAAGAUUACUUUACAAUAACCUAUUACUUAACCCAGAUCCAAAGCUUAAUCUAUGUAUUCGAAUAAAAACCUAGAUAAUCGAGGUUAAAAAGUAUCUAUUUUUCGACAGCAAUCAAAAAACUCAGAAAAUGAUAUCGACCAGCAUCAAUUUCCCUAUUCAACCAUAAUCAACAGAUGUACUAUCAAAAACAAGUGA